AUUUUUUUUCUCUUCUUCUCUGCCAUUUUUCUUUCUUUUUAUUCCUUGCUUUAACAUUCCAUUUUCCUCUUUGGAAAACUCAACCAAGUUGGAGUAUGAGUGAAGAUGAGUGGGUCAAACAAGCUUUGACCGAUUCCACGUUGGCGGCAAAGGCCUUACUCAGCCUCUUCCGAUCGGAGUCUCCGCCACCGCGGUCAGCCAGCGCCACCUCCCAAGCUUUACAACUCGAGUGGAGCGUCCGUCAACGCAGGUCCAAGCAAUUUCUCAAGAAGAAAGCCGAACAGGCACGUGCCAGCCCCAACACACCACUUUGUUGGAGCGGUGGCGUGUCUGUUAGCGGAAGCGGUAGUGGUGACGGCUCCGAGGAGUCUAGCCGUCCUCCUUUGAAGCCUGUUGAAAACGCUAGAUCUAAGGUUGCGACGACAAAGGAGAUUACCCCUCCAAAGCGGUCUAGGAGGAAAAGGACGUUAGCUGAACUUAAAGAGGAGAUACGUUCACACUUGAAGGAAAACAAGACUUUAAAGAAUGAAUUGGAGAUUGCGAAGCUCAGAUUCGAGAACAUCAGAACCGAAAACGAAACGCUGAGCAGAAAGCUCGAAUCCGAGAAAGAGAGAGCCACGGAAGAAAGCUCUAAGAGAACGAAGUUCGAUUAUCACCCGGCACCGCAAACGGCUGUCGAACCAAACGAUGCAAUCUCCAAAGCACCCCCGCAAAGAGAAGUAACUUCUCGUACAAGCAUACUGCGUACACCUAAUGGAUGCUCUGAAGGACAAGAUACGGCAACGGCAAGUUGCAACGAAACAUCAUUUGGGCUGCCGGAUCUCAAUCUUCCGGUCGAGGUCGGUUUAGGUUGAAGUUUGUCGAGGGAAAAUAGGUGAGAAAAUUC